AUGCUGAUAUGGGCGCGUUGCGCUCUGAGGCAGCAGGAGGUGAGAAGCAGCGUGGAGGUGAGAAGCAGCGUGGAGGUGAGAAGCAGCGCGAAGGUGAGAAACAGCGCGAAGGUGAGAAACAGCGCGAAGGUGAGAAGCAGCGCGAAGGUGAGAAGCAGCGCGAAGGUGAGAAGCAGCGCGAAGGUGAGAAGCAACGCGAAGGUGAGAAGCAACGCGAAGGUGAGAAACAGCGCGAAGGUGAGAAGCAACGCGAAGGUGAGAAGCAACGCGAAGGUGAGAAACAGCGCGAAGGUGAGAAACAACGCGAAGGUGUCAAACAGCGCGAAGGUGAGAAGCAGCGCGAAGGUGAGAAGCAACGCGAAGGUGAGAAACAGCGCGAAGGUGAGAAGCAACGCGAAGGUGAGAAGCAACGCGAAGGUGACAAACAGCGCGAAGGUGAGAAGCAGCGCGAAGGUGAGAAGCAACGCGAAGGUGAGAAGCAACGCGAAGGUGAGAAGCAGUGUGAAGGUGAGAAGCAACGCGAAGGUGACAAACAGCGCGAAGGUGAGAAGCAGCGCGAAGGUGACAAACAGCGCGAAGGUGAGAAGCAGCGCGAAGGUGAGAAGCAACGCGAAGGUGAGAAGCAACGCGAAGGUGAGAAGCAACGCGAAGGUGAGAAGCAGCGCGAAGGUGAGAAACAGUGUGAAGGUGAACACCGACUUUGCCCUCUCCUUCCUGUGUAUCCCCUCCAGGCACACUACGCAUGGCAUCAGCUCGUCUCCUCCCCCCGUGCACCCCUGUGGUAACCCUUCUCUCUGGAAAGUGCUUCCUCCUCCACCCCUCCCUGCUCGCCUGGAUGCCUCUCUCUCUCGCCUUUCUUUACCUCCUUCCUCAAUUCCUGUGAACUUUGCCUCCCCUUUCCCCCCCCGUUCCCCCUUAUCUGCACCAGGCACACUACGCGUAGCCUCAGCGCGCCUCCUCCCCCCGUGCACUCCCCUCAUCACUCUUCUAUCCGGAAAUGCCUUCCUCCUCCACCCCUCUCUGCACGCCUGGAUGCCCCUCUCCCGCCCCUCUCUCUCCCUUCUCUGUCACUCGUACACUGUGCAUGGCAUCAGCUCGCCUCCUCCCCCCAUGCACCCCUGUUGCACACUCCGCAUGGCAUCAGCUCGCCUCCUCCCCCCAUGCACUCCCCUCAUAACUCUACUCUCCGGAAAGUCCUUUCUCCUCCACCCCUCUCUGCACGCCUGGAUGCCCCUCUCUCGCCCCCACCCCUCCUCGCGCCUCUCGUCCAAUUGGAGGCCGCCACCUGGCGCUUUUCGAGCUGGAGGGUUCCGGAGUGCUGGCUGGGAUGGUGUUGGUGCUGCUGGUGCUUCGUCUUUUCUUUCAAGGCAGGCACCUGGAGAGGAGGCCCAUGCCACAAGAGCCCACCUAGAAAACGCCCUGGCAGCCUGCCGUCUGUUGAAUUCACCUGACGAGUUCAGGAGGCUCCUGGCGGAAUACGUGCGUCUGCUCACCAAGGAGGGUGAUGAGGGUCGGCUGAGGGAGGUGUGCCAGGAGCUGCUAGGGUCUGUGGACGCUGGGGAACAUGCGGUUACCACAGGGGCGGGCAUGGUUACCGAUAACCAGGCGGGCACGGCUGUUCAGCACAAUGCACAAGUUGAUGAGGAGUUGAGAAGAAAGCGCGGCCUUCUCCGAACUGUAGUGUUUCCAUCCUUACUCUCGAGCAAAAGGAUGCAACGAGUGCUGUUAGAGUACAUGGAUCUAGUCAAGGAAGCAGAGGCAGGAUGA